UUUGUUCUUAACUUUUGUUAUCACAUGUUUUGGUACCGUUUUCAAGCAGCUCUGCAGAAUCAACAUUUUCGUUUCGAUGGACUUUAAUUCAUCUAUUACGCCGGGUUUCUGUCCUGAUUGUGGAUCUAUUCUACCUUUACUCAGUAUGACUGGAAAUGUGACUUGUUACAAUUGCCACAAUAGCUUUAAUGAAGGAGUUUUUGGUGCUAUGGAAGUGGAAUAUACGAUUCAUUUCAAUUCUUAUGAAAAUAAGAAGACAGACCAACUUGAUAACCGGAAGGCCGCUGAGGAAGCAGCUGAUGGACCUGUCAUAAUUCGUCGAUGUCCAAAGUGUAGCAACGAUAAAAUGUCAUACGCGACUCUUCAGCUUCGAUCGGCGGACGAAGGACAAACCGUGUUCUUCACAUGUACGAAGUGCAAGUUCAAGGAGUCCGAAAAUUCAUAAUCGAUUCCCAAAAUUUUUCUUUUUUAUAAAGUAUAAGCUUAAAUAAAUUUAUAUUUAUUCUAAAAAAUAUAAUCAUGAACUAUCAAUAGAUGGGCAACAUUGUAGCAAUGUUCGAAUUUUGUGUCAUCCCAUAAAUUAAUCGUUUGUUUGAAAAACUCCAUAAGACCAUUUGAUGCGCUUGCGAAAAAACGACUAAAAGCUGUUUUUCUAAAAAUUUUGACCUUUUGACCUAUUUGGUGGUAACGGUGGAUUAAAUGUGAUUCACAUACAACAUCCACGUUACGUCAAUUAUCCACCCAUGCAGUUCUUAUGGAAACAUUGACAUACACCGGCAACGUAAUGACCCGUCAGCAUACGUUCAACGAAAACGACCGGCAGGAUUUGUAGAAAAGAAUAAUUGACGGACGGCUCGUUGGGUUUUUGUCUGGGCUUUGUGUCUCGGCUUUUGUUUUGAUUUUGCUUGCAUAUUUUAUGCCAAUCUCCCAGUUUCAAAUUUCUCAGUCAAAAUCAUUUGCGAAUGGCUGAGAAGGCUGAGAAAAACAGUCUAUGGGCCUGAUCACGAACGUCACUUCACGGUGAUAACGGAAGAAAGUGAAUAUUACCUUGCAUACAAAUCAUUCCAUUUUCACCGUGAGAUGAUGUUCGUGAUCAGGCCCUAUAUAUUAUUGUCGAAUAAGGGUCGGGACUACAGGUUUUAAGCAUUUUAACCAAAUAAUUCAAUGAUUUUCACUAUUUUUUUUUCAAAAUUUAGAACUAAUUCUAGGCAUGUUGAUUUGGGAAACACAAACACGCUCAAUUUUCCCUGAUUUUUCCUGAUUUCUUACUUUUUGCUUAAUCAGAAAAAAAAAUCCAUAUAAAUAUAUUGGGAGUUUUGCUGGUUGUGUAUGAGAAUUGUCAUAAUAGUCUACAUUAAAAAGCUUUCCGGUCCGCGCUUAUAUAAUGCUUACUCUUCCUUUCGAUUAUACAUUAUCUGUUCGCAUUUUCGAAAGUACAGUGUCGACAUUUUUUGAAUUUUGAAGUUAACGUGAAAGAAAUAUUAGCGUCCAAGAAUUAUGUACAGUUAAAUAAAAACGAUACAGGCUUCAUUACAUGUUCACAGCAA